AAACCGGAAAUGGGAAGGGUUUGGGCUUUUGAAAUAGAGGACCCCGUUGCCUGAAGAAAGAAUGUGAUUGGGGGAGUUGGGAAUGUCGGUUUUCUAGAAGGCUGAAGGAGUGUGGAUUAUUAUUUGGGGUGGUCUGUUAUGCACAAAAUUUGAAAUGGCUUCAAGGGGAACAAUUGAGACCAGUAAGUUGAAACAGAACUUGGAAGAGCAACUGGAUAGACUAAUGCAGCAAUUGCAAGAUCUGGAGGAGUGUAGAGAUGAUCUGGAUGCAGAUGAGUAUGAAGAGACCAAGAAAGAAACCCUUGAGCAGCUGAGUGAGUUCAAUGAUUCCCUGAAGAAGAUCAUGUCUGGAAACAUGACAUUGGUAGACGAACUUAGUGGGAUGCAGUUGGCUAUACAAGCGGCCAUCAGCCAGGCUUUUAAAACCCCUGAAGUCAUCAGGAUGUUUGCCAAAAAGCAGCCAGGGCAGCUGCGGACAAGAUUGGCAGAGAUGGACAGAGAUCUGAUUGUUGGAAAGUUGGGACGGGACGUCUAUACUCAGCAAAAAGUGGAAAUUCUUACCGCUCUCAGGAAGCUUGGGGAGAAGCUGACUCCUGAUGAUGAGACUUUUCUUUCAACAAAUGCAGGAGCUGCUCUCAGCCAGUUUGUGAGAGUUUCCAGUGACCUUGGAUCAGGCGAUAAGGUCUUCGCGCUGGCAAGUUUUGAGGUAGAGAAAUCAAAGCAGUGAAAGCAGGCUACAUUCAGCUGCAUUGGAUCUGGGGUUUUUGUUUUUUUACCAUGUUGUAUUUGUGUGUUUCUUACAAACUUUUUUGUAAUGCUCUUUAUCUUAACGGCAAGCUAACCUACAAUGAAGACCGUUUUUGAAGUGCCCUUUUUGCGAGCUGGGCUGCAUAAGUUCAGAGGCUAAAAACACUAAGUGGUACUUUUUAAAAACAAGGAAAUGAAACCAACUAACUUAAUUGUGUAACCUUUUGAUUGUAUGCGUUGUGUAUGUAUUUUCCCCACUUUAAAAUGUGCAUUUCUCUAGUAAAAUGUUUUCUCUA